AUGCCAGAGGUUGAGAACCCUUUCCCUGAAGACGCAGACGACGUGGAGUCGGCGAAGCCGGGAGCAGCAGCAGCAGCAGCAGCAGCAGCAGCAGCAAAAGACUCCGACGGCGAAGCUUCUUCUUCAGAAAGCAGCGACGAAGAAGAAGCAGAAUUGCUGCGGGAGUUGGAGAAGAUUAAAAAAGAAAGAGCUGAGAGAGAAGCAGCAGCAGCCCGGGCGCUGGAGCAGCAAAAAGCAGCAGAGCAGCAGGAGCGAAUGCUGCGGGCCAAUCCGCUGCUGCUAAACCCUAAUUCAAACCCUAGCGACACAGCAGCAGCAGCAGCAGCAGCAGAUGGCGCAGCAGCAAAACCCCUCGUGAGAAGAUGGGAUGAUGAAGUUGUUUUUAAAAACCAGGCGAAGAACUUAACCACUCCGAAGAAGCACUUCAUAAACGACCCUGUGCGGAGCGAAUUUCACAAGAAGUUUCUGCAGCGCUACGUGGACUAA